UUCCUUGCAAUUACUCUACAGCGCUCGCCCAUGUCAUGUGACGAGUUAGCCGUUUCCCUGAGGCACUUCAUGACGUAGUUAAUUAGAUGCCCCGCCCCCUGGUUACUACUAAAGCGUCGCUAAGGAAAUGGACCCGAGCGUUAGGAGGGGCGUGAUUAAAAAUAAAUAACAGAUGUAUAAUAUUUGUACGCUGUUACGUUAAAAACAAGCAUAUUUACGUUAAAUAAAAUUACUUUCUUAUAUGUGCAAAAAACAAAGACGGUGCAUGAAUGUUUUUAAUAAGAUCAAAGCUGUUAUUAUACAUGCAGUGCAUCCUUCUUCCCUGCUAGGUGAGAACGUCUUUGCAGAGAAUGCUGUUCGCCACAGUGUCGUUAUGAGUGCUAUAGGAUUCGACUUUAAUGAGCCACAGUAUUUAAAAUACAAAUGAUCGAUGUGGACUGUACUGGAAAAAGUAAACCACUGAGUUGAACAGGUUUGUGUGUUCCUGGGUUGGCUGGUCAGUGUGGUGCUGAGCUGUGCUGCUGCUGGUUGCUGUGCUGAGCUGAGCUGUGUCCCCUGCAGCCUGCACACACAGUUAUACCUGAACUCUUCCACCAGCGCCCUCUAGACUCUCUCAGCCAUGGGGACGCUACAGAGCAAGGCCAGACGCAGCACAUCCAUAUACAGGGCAGUUUCGGUUGUGGAGGAACGCGCCCCUGGCCAGAAGGUCGUGCGGUACAGCUCCGCUCACAGCGAUGCUGUGACCUCUGUAGCCACCCUGAACUCUGACCUGUGCGUGUCCGGAGGAUUGGAUAAGACAGUGGUGGUCUAUAACUGGAAAUCCGGCUGUAUGCAGCGAACGUUUCAGGGUCACACGCGAGACGUAACCAAGGUGGCGUGCAGCUAUAACUCCAGAGCGCUGUUCAGUGCCUCUCGGGAUAAGACAGCCCUGAUGUGGACUCUGGACAGUGAUGCCACGCCAGUGCAGCAAUUCAGCGGCCACGACCUGGUGGUGAACGGACUCGCAGUCAGUCAAGACGGGUCGCUGCUCUGCACAGGUUCCCGGGACAACUCCCUGUGUCUUUGGGACGUGGAGACCGGAGAGUGUCUGCGGAAAACCUCCAUCUCCAGGAACCUGGUCACACACCUGUGCUGGAUACCUGAGGACAGGUGCAUCAUCCAGACAUCGGAAGAUAAAAUGAUCAGAAUCUGGGACAGCCGGGAACUCCAGGUUGCACACAUCUUUCCUCCUAAGAAUUACAUCCAGAUGCACUGUGAUGUGAGCCAGGACGGGCACUACUGUCUGACCAGCAGCAAUGGCUUCGGGGGACAGGGCUGUGAGGCCACGCUCUGGGACCUGCGUCAGACUGGCAGGAUGGUGUGUGAAUAUCGGGGUCACCAGCAGAGCACUGCCUGCUGCCUCUUCCUGCCCUCCACCCUCACCGCGUCCCCCCUGAUCGGCACCUCCUCCCACGACUGCUGUGUGAAGAUCUGGAACCGGGAUACUGCAGCCUGCUUGGCGACGCUAUCCCUAGACGGCUCGGGGCCCCUUUCCUCUCUAGCAGCCGGAGACGCCUCCAGCCUGCUCUGUGCCAGUUUCAACACCGGGAUCCACCUGCUCAGGGUAACAAGCUCAGGGGGGCUGCAGCUGAGGGAGGUGGCUGGAUUCUGAGGGGAGGGGGGGGACAGAGGCACGGCUACAGCAUAACCUCAGGGACUCUCACACAGCCAUCGGGACUGCAGAUCAUUACAUGUGUGAGCGAGGCAUAGCUUUAUCUACCAGCAUUCAGGACGGAGAUGCAGCCAAGUGCUCCAGCUCUAGAGGGCCACUUCAGGACAACACCUACCUCAGGGUUAAAAGGACUGUGACCAUGAACUUAGCAAUAACAGAGAUUGCCUUGUGUUUUAAUAAGAACGAGGUCCUGUGAAGGGUUUUUUGGGGGGGUUUUUUGGGAUGUUUUAAUAAAUUAUAUAUAAAAAUAAAAUAGUAAUAAUUGAGCCAGAAAAUAGAUGCCAAAAAUAAUCUUUGUUUUAAAAUGCAAAAGGGCUGCUAUUCAGGGGGUGCUGUUUCCUGUCCAGUAUACAAAUAUAUUCGUAGCUUAUCUGACUUCAUCUAUUAAAUGUGAAACUAACAAAGGGGAAUCCAAAAAAAAAAUCUGGUUUGCCACGAAGGAAGCUGUAACAGCAGCUCUUAACUGAAGGGCGAUCCAUUUUUGUGAAACGAAAACACACCAGUAAGAAACUUGACAGUCCUGAAAUGAAGCGUCCCAGCUGUUUUCCCAGUAGUUUUGUACCAUUGCCAGUUUUAUUUCCCUGAUGGUGCAAACCGAGUGCUGAACUAGCAGUCUGUUUCAGUAAGGAUCUUGGGAUUAGCUGUUUAGAAACCUACGACCCCUGAACGAAGUAGGUGAGCGCGGUGCGUAAAGGCUGGUUGUGAAAAAACACGAUGAGAAAAGAAGGACACUGAAAAGGAAGGAAGGAAUAUACAGCUGGUAAUAUACAAAAGGAGAUGAGGGGAUCAUGCAGGAAUGGAGCUCUAUUUUACUGCUCUAAACUGCAUUUCAAACUACGGUCACCCCUUCACUCAAAAUACUCAUCAUCAGCUUGAAACAACAGAAGAAUGUACUUUGCCAGCUGAUCUGUUUCCUUCACUGUGCUGUACCGCCACUUCGUUCCUGGCAAAUGCUUUUGGAAUUUGCUGGUGAGAAUGAAUGACUGAUAGAUAAUUCAAAUGAGAAACACUCUGUUAGAAUUGCACAUUUGUAAUUCCUUUCUGUUUUGUACAAAUAUCUGACGACAGUAAAUUAAGAUUAAAAAAAAUAUAUAUAUAUAUAUAUAUAUAUA